AUGAAUGUGAAUAUUACAAAUUUGAAGAUAAUGGAUAAGAUAGUGGAUCGAAUUUCAAACUUGUCUCCUUUUAUAAUUCAUCAUAUUAUGUCCUACCUCUCCGCAAAAGAGGUAGCUCAAAUUAGUAUAUUGUGGAAUCAGUUACGAAUAUGUUUCCCUAUCUUUGAUUUUGAUCAAACUUAUUUCCUCAUUCGAGAUGAGAGUGCUCAUGUUACAUCAGUGUUUGAAAAGAAGAGCUUGGCACUCCAUGAUCGUUUGAAAGAAUUUAUGGAAUUUGUUGAUGUUUCUCUGCUUCGGUUCUGCGAGCUCAAGUUUUGUAUGCACAAAUUUAGGAUAUUCCUAAGUAUUCUAGAUGCAAAAGAAUCGGCUCCUUACAUUGACAAAUGGAUAGGAUUGGCCAUAGAAAAGGGGGUUAAAGAGUUGGAUUUGCAAUUCCUUACAGAAAGCAAUGCACAAUACACUUUGCCUCAAACAAUCUUUUCUGCUGGAUCAGUUACCACUCUGAAGUUAGUUAACUGUAGGUUGGAGAAUACCUCAGAUACAAUAAGGUUUAAUUCUCUUAUAAAGCUAAGUUUGGACUCGGUUUUUAUACAUGAAGAGAUGGUCCAGAAGCUUAGUAGUGAAUGCCCUCUCCUUGAAGAAAUAUUUUUCUCGGAAUGUUGGGGUUUGAAGUGA